CGACGGGCGCCACUGCGGCAGCAUGUGGUGGCCGCUGCUGCUGCUUCUGCUGCUCAUGUUUCACUCAUCGGCAGGUGGCCUGGGUGCUAAACGCAUCAACUUUGCUCAGCUGACGUGUGACAACGUACACGACAACAAUACUGAUGUGCUCCAAGGCUGUCGUUUUAGCGUCAUCUCCAGAGAUGACCUACAGGUCACCUGCAUCAUACUUUCCGUACACACUGGGUCAAGUGACCUCGUGAGUGCGUAUAGGACGAAACUGUUAGACACACUGACGUUCCGCAUUCUGCCUCCAACACAUAUGGAGCAACAAGGAGUAUACUGUGCCUAUCUCCAGUCCGUGCAUCUCCGUAAGUGGUCCAAGGACAUACCAGAUGGCCACACGGUUGGGGUACUGGCAGCUGGUUUCCUCAGCUUCAUCUCCUUAUUCUCGGACGAUAGUUAUGGACACAUCAACUUCACAAAGCAGUUUCCCGUUGCUAAGAUCUACGUUCAUUCCCACUGCCGUGGUUUAUUCAGGCAACAACUAAAAGAAGACUGUAUUGAGAAGGUCAUCUUCUUGACGGAUAUCAUCCAUGCAGCCUACAACUGGACGUUCACCAACGACGACUUCUGGCCGUUCCUGUUGCGGCGCUUUGUGGGCGAACUGGGAGCUGAGUUGACGCAUCUGUCGUUGGUCUCUUCAGAUUUACUGACCGCCAUCCCAGUCAGUUUUCUAACACAACAUCUCUCCCCUGAUCUGCACAUGAGAGUGCUGAAGCUGGCGGAUAUGACGAUUGGCCAGCUGGAGAAACCUCUCCUUAUAAUGCCCACACUGCAUGAACUGAGUCUUCCCGACGACAACAUUAGUCGCGUCAGCGAAGCUGCGCUCGAGGGCGUACCCUGGUUGCUGAAGCUGGACCUCUCUGGCAACGAGUUGGAGGACCUGCCACAGCUGUUGCCUGCAAGACUAGAGAACCUCAAUGUCUCCCGCAAUAGGAUGAUUGCUCUCAACGCCAGACUGCCUCAGUCACUCAUCAUCCUCAACGUUUCAUUCAACAAUCUAGAGACGCUGCCGGAGCCGCUACCUGGCGGCCUACAGAAGCUGGAUGCGUCCAACAAUAGGCUGAGGAGGCUACCCCAGAGGCUACCAGCAGGACUGUGGCUGCUCGCCGUCUCCCACAACCUGCUGCUGGAGCUGCCCCAGCACCUGCCUCCAGCGCUGCAAGUACUGCAGGUGUCCCACAACAGGCUGCAGACGUUGUGCCCUCAGUUGCUGGUACCACUGCAGACAUUGAGGCUGCUGGACGCGUCCCACAACGGGCUGUCUGCCGUGGAGGACCUGUGGCUGUCCCACCAGAUGGAGCUGCUCAACGUCUCCCACAACCAGCUGCGGCGACUCAACCUUUUGGGACCGGGAUAUGUGUCAUACAUAGACGCAUCGUACAACGACAUCCAGUCCUGGAAGGUUCGAGGCCACGAGAUCGCCCUGGUGGGGAACCCUGGGGCGGCGCUGGGCCUGGAGUGGUCCGGCGGCUCGUACCCCAGCCCGCCCCUACUGGUGGACCUGGGGGAGGACCUGCUGCUGGACUGCGACCCCUGCUCCCCGGCCAGCCGCGUCGCCCUGCAGCUGCGCUGCUGGCUGCUCCGUCAGAUGUCCAACGCAUCGGCCGCGGGCCCUCGCGUGGUGCGGCCGCUGCGGCCGGUGUGCUCCGGCCCGUGGCCAGUUGCUGGCACGCCGCUGCUUGAGGCGCCCUCCCUGGAGGACUCGCCUCGCUGCCCCGGCUCCGCCCGCCACGUGGCGCAGUCCGCACUGCUCGGCGUCUUGCUGCUGGCGGUCGUCGCCGUCGUCUGUGCUGUCUGCUACUGCCGCAGAUAUGAGAUAACUUACAUGAUGCACCUGAUGGAGAUGCGACGUGAGAGAGUGGCCGCCGAGAGGCGUAAUUCAGGCAGCUACAAAUACGACGCUUUCGUCUGCUACAGCAGUGCGGACCGGGAGUGGGUUGUGGACCAACUAGUACCGCACCUGGAGACUGCGGGGGAUUCCCCCGAUGAAGUGGCGCUGCGUCUCUGCCUGCACGAGAGGGACUUCCCGCUGGGAUCCUACAUUGCUGACAACAUUGUCACCUCCAUGAAAACCAGCCGCUCAACAGUCAUUGUCCUGUCUCAAGCUUUCGUCGAUAGCCGGUGGUGCCGCUGGGAGCUGGAUCUGGCGUCGCAGAAGGUGCACCACUUGGUGCUGUUGGAGCUGGAACGGCUGGAGCGGCACCAGCUGGAGCGGCACCUGCGCUUCCUGAUGGACACGCGCACCUACCUGACGUGGCCGUCGCAGCCAUCCGCCCAGCACUCCAUGUGGAGGCGGCUGCGAGCCGUCCUCACCGCGCCGGCGGGGUCUCCCGCUGCGGACACUGACACUGACGGUGCAGACGUCGACGACCACACUCCUGACAACGAGCAGCAGCAGCUGCGGAUGGUGAAGGCCACUACCUUCACUGUGUGACUUCGGCCGAGGAAGAGUCGCAUCUAUACUCUUCUUUGCAACAGACAUACUGUACCUUUGAAAUUGAGUGGGUCUGCGUGUUUUCCGAAUAGCACUCCAUUAAGUGUGGUUGAUACUGAUUACGAUAAGGGUCCUGAUUCGAAACAUCUGGACCGUUCCUCUGAUUUACAUGCCUGUGGUAGUAGUCAGUUUUAUGACUCCACGACGUUAGUACAAAUAUUCCUCUUAAUUACCUUGCCACGUAUAGACGCGACGAUGGAUGAAAAUCUCGUGUUUGCGUUUGAUGAUGAUUUCUGUUUUGGGCGCACAAAACAAGAACAUUAACACCUAUGCACGUAAUCUAAAUGAUAAGUAUGUUAUAAGCGUUCAGAGGAAUGGUGUGAAAGGAUAGAAUUCAUGAAUAUCAGGCAAGCAAGUGCACAUAUGCGACCUAUUGUCUAAAAUGUUUCAAUAUCUAUUUCUAUUGAACGAAAUAUAACAUGUGUUCUAGAAAACCUAAAUAAAAUAUUACUUGCGAACGCUAA